AUGUGCCUCUCCCGGCCCCGUCUCACUCCGCCGCAUUGCGGGGGCGAGGCGGUGCACGAGACAGCUCCGCGGCGCACCGGCGGUUGCCUGUGCUGCUUCAGCCCCGGGGCCAUUGGCCCUGGCAACCCGCCGGCGUUGCUAAGAUCCGGGCGGCCCUUACGUUCGUCCAGCAUCACCACCGGCAUUACAACGCCGGCGUGGAAAGUGACAGCCGACAAGGUGCUCAACCACGAGGUUCUUGAGCGCCUCAUUGGCCAGGCCGAGCAUGUGUGGUACCGCGACUUGCCGGAGUUAGAUGCGGGGGUGGGUAGGCUGGAGCACCUGUGGUCCAGGCCGUCGCUGUCGCGGUGCCCGGCAUCCCGCAGCCACGUGGCCCCUGAGGCCACAGUUGUAACAGCGCCUAAGGAGCAGCAGAAGAAGGAGGCGAUGGAGCCCAUGAGGAUCAUGAAGCCCGGACAGAGCGACGGGAACCUCAAGCCUGGGCACAAGGCCUCCACGAGCGGGCCCUCCGACGGCAAGGGCAAGGACAAGAGGAAAGUGCCAGCGGAGGGCGCCGCGGUGCGCGUGAAAGCGCGCGCCACUCACGAGCUCUCCGUGGAGCAGCAGCUCUACUACAAGGAGAUCACGGAGGCCUGCGUCGGCUCCUGCGAGUCCAAGCGAGCGGAAGCACUGCAGAGUAUCGCUAGCGACCCGGGGCUGUACCAGAUGCUGCCACGAUUCAGCACCUUCAUCUCUGAGGGAGUGCGCGUGAACGUCGCUCAGAAUAACCUGGCUCUGCUCAUCUACCUCAUGAGGAUGACCAAGGCCCUGCUGGACAACCAGACCCUCUACCUGGAGAAAUACCUGCACGAGCUGAUCCCCGCGGUGGUGACGUGCAUCGUGAGCCGGCAGCUCUGCCUGCGCCCCGACGUGGACAACCACUGGGCCCUGCGCGACUUUGCCGCCCGCCUCAUGGCCCAGAUCUGCAAGAACUUCAGCUCCACGACGAACAACAUCCAGUCCCGCUCGACCAAGACCUUCGUGAAGAGUCUGCACGACGACGAGACGCCGUGGACGACACGCUACGGCUGCAUCGCGGGACUCGCCGAGCUCGGCUUCGACGUGAUUAAGACGCUCGUCAUCCCGCGCCUCCCCGCCGAGGGCGACCGCAUCCGGCAGGUGCUGGAGGGCCCGGUGAUCAGCAACAUCGACAAGAUCGGGGCACAGCACGUGCAGACGCUGCUACUGAAGCACUGCGCGCCCGUGCUGGUGAAGCUUCGUCCGGGCCCCGACAGCGCGGAGGCCUACAAGGCGGAUUAUGGGCACCUGGGCCCCCUGCUGUGCACCCACGUCACCAAGGCCCGCGUGCAGGUCAGCUCCUCCUCCUCUUCACCCACCGCUCAGGGCCUGCAGCUCAACCGCUCCACGCUCACCUUCACUCACCCGCAGGUGCGUGGCGCCAUCGGUGCCCCUCACUCUCUCGCGAGCCCCCAGACGGCGCUGCCCACCCGCUCCUCCACCAUCAUCAAGGUGCCAGGCUCGGGGGGGGGGCUCUAUUCCACGUCCAUGCCGGGGGGGAGCGACGCGUCUGGGCUGCCCCCCAAGUUCAUCGUUGUGUCGGCCCCCACCGGCCCCACACAGAUCCUACCGAUGUCCUCCUCCACCUCGUCACCCUCCACCUCGUCAUCCGCCACCGCCUCGUUGUCUUCAUCGUUGUCGGCGACGAUGGCGACGACCGGCACGCCCACCGUGGUGAAGCUGCUCGCGCCAAGCCAGAAGCUGGCACCGGGCAUCACCGUCUCGGUGCUGCCCUCCUCCUCGUCCUCCUCGUCCUCCUCAUCGUCGUCGUCGUCAUCCUCCUCGUCGCUCGACGUGACCGGCAAGCCGGCGGCGCCGGCGCCGGCGCCCGUGGGGGCGUCGUCCUCGCCGGGCGGCGUCACGGCAAGGAGCAGCAGCGUGCCGCAGCUCAUCGCCGUCAAGCAGGAGGGCGCCGACGGCCAGGCCAUGGUGGUGCUGCGCAAGCCAGGCGCGCCGGGGGCAGGAGGCGGAGCCGGCGCUACGAGCAGUGCGGUGACGAUUGCGGAGCCGCCUGUGCAAGCACACCUCUGA